AUGGAGACCUCCUUCUUGUCUGGUCUCAGUCUGUGUGGAGCAGACAUGGAGACCUCCUACUUGUCUGGUCUCAGUCUGUGUGGAGCAGACAUGGAGACCUCCUACUUGUCUGGUCUCAGUCUGUGUGGAGCAGACCUGGAGACCUCCUACUUGUCUGGUCUCAGUCUGUGUGGAGCAGACAUGGAGACCUCCUACUUGUCUGGUCUCAGUCUGUGUGGAGCAGACCUGGAGACCUCCUACUUGUCUGGUCUCAGUCUGUGUGGAGCAGACAUGGAGACCUCCUACUUGUCUGGUCUCAGUCUGUGUGGAGCAGACAUGGAGACCUCCUACUUGUCUGGUCUCAGUCUGUGUGGAGCAGACAUGGAGACCUCCUAG